UGUUUGCCGGUAUUUGUUGUACAAGUAUAUAUGGGACAUCAAGCCGCCAUGUGUUGUAAGGAUCAUUAGAUAAUCACAUAACUGCGGAAGAUGGCCUGGUUACUACUUCUUGUAACACUUUGCUCGCUGUCUGCUCUAAGUCACGGAGCUGGUUGUCCAAGAAUUGUUUGCUACCACACCAACUGGUCUCAGUACCGCUUUGGCAGCGGGAAGUUCUUCCCUAACAACAUAGACUCUUCCCUGUGCACUCAUAUCAACUACGCGUUCGCCAAAAUGGUCGGGAACAAACUGCACGCGUUUGAGUGGAACGACGAGUCGACAACUUGGAGUACGGGCAUGUACGAAAAGUUCGUAAACACCAAGCAGAAUAACCCGAGCGUCAAAAUGCUGCUGUCUGUGGGAGGGUGGAACAUGGGGUCGGCUUCGUUCCACGCCAUGGUCUCUACUGCAUCCGGCAGACACGAGUUUGCUACCACGUCCGUCAAGUUCCUUAGAGACCACCACUUCGACGGCCUUGACCUUGAUUGGGAGUAUCCCGGAAGUCGUGGGAGUCCCGCGGAAGAUAAAGGUCAUUACGUAGAGCUGCUUAAGGAAAUAAGACAAGUAUUCGAUGCAGAUACUACCGGAACUACACUACUGCUGACUGCCGCGGUGCCUGCCGGGAAGAAAAACAUUGACCCAGGAUUCAAUAUUCCAGAGGUUAUGAGAUAUCUGGAUUUCGUUAACCUGAUGUCCUACGACCUGCACGGAAGCUGGGAGUCAUACACAGGUCAUAACAGUCCUCUAUACGCCACUUCUAAAGACACUGGCGAUGCCAAGCAACUCAACAUUGACUGGGCUGCCAACUACUGGGUAUCGAAGGGAGCUCCUAAAGACAAGAUCACCAUUGGACUGGGGACGUACGGUCGAUCGUUCACCCUCACGUCAACCACUGACACCGGACUACACGCUAGCACUCGGAGUAAGGGCAAGGCAGGAAAAUACACAAGAGAAGGAGGAUUCCUGUCAUAUUAUGAGAUUUGUGAAAUGGAGAAAAAUGGAGGCCAAGUCCAUCGUAUUGCAGAAGCCGGGAACGUCCCGUAUCUAGUUCACGGAGACCAGUGGGUAGGGUACGACGACGAACAGAGUCUGAGAACAAAGGUCCAGUACAUGAAAGCACAUAACUUUGGAGGAGUCAUGAUAUGGGCAAUAGAUCUGGAUGACUUCAAAGGUACCAUCUGCGGAAACGGGCCCUACCCGCUACUACAUGCAAUCAAACACGAGUGUGAUUCCACGGGGGGAUCCGUGUUCACGCGACCUCCAACCCCGAAGCCAGAUCAUCAUCAAACAACACAGGGCAUCCACGCCACGCCCGGUCCAGCGUCUACUCAAUCACCGAUUAUCCACCAGGCUAGUAAGUUCAGCUGUUUCGACAAGACCGACGGCUUUUAUCCCAGCCCGGACAGCUGCACGGAGUACUACAUAUGUGUCUCCAAGACGUCCUUCAACGUGAAGUGUGCUUCCGGUCUCGUCUUCAACCCCAACAACAAGCUCUGUGAUUGGCCGCAGAAUUACAACUGCGGCAGUGGACAAAUUACCCAGACUCCUCCGGUUGUCAAGACGACCCACAAGCCCUUCUUGACGCACAAGCCCCACGUGAUGACGGACACGCCCCAGCGUACAACACAUAACAUGCACGUCACGAUGCCUCCUAGUGGAUCAGGUCUCUGCGCCAAAUUUGGAGACGGCAUCCACACCGACCCUGCGGACUGCAAUCACUACGUGGACUGCGCCGGAGGAAGAGAGUUCCACUUUAAGUGCGCUCCUGGAACGGUUUACAACGACCAGAUCCACAAUUGUGACUUCCCUGUCAACGUCCCCAAGUGUGCGCCCUAACUGAUACUAUUUUUUUUUAUGUAUAUAUAAAUAAAGUAGAAUUUUAAUAUCCA